AUGAUUCAAUUGGUACAUACAAUAUUCAUAUACUAUAAUUAUAAAAAAAAUACAUACGAAUAUGCAAAUUUAUUUUCUACAUGUGAUAAAAAUAUAAAAGAUGCCAAAGGUAAAGAAACACCAUUUAAAAGAAAUUGUGAAAACCAGGAAGCCCAAAUUCCAGGAAAUAUUAAAGACCAAUUCAAAGAUAAAUGUGCACAAACUUUGUCUUAUCUUAAUGAGAUUCAACAAUUUAAACAUGGUGAUAACAACCUAGAGAAAGCUCUUUGCUUAUACUUGUAUUAUUGGCUAUAUGAUUCUAAAACAGAAGGAAUGAAUGGAAGAGAUAUUAAAGAACUUUAUCAUAAAUUGAUCACAGUAAAUAAUUUAGAGCAAGAUGAGCGUUGCAAGGAUUUUAAGGAUAUUACAAUCGCAGAAGAUGAAUUAUCAAAGCUUAAAGAUAUCUAUGAGAUUUACAAUAAGAUUAAUAAAUUGAAUGUUCAAGAUGCAUGUUCUCCAAAAAAAUGUGAAUGUGCGAAGGAAUGUGCCAAUAUAUAUAAAAAGUACGUGGAAUCAUGCAGACAAGAUAAUGCAACAUAUUUUUGUAAUGAAUUAAUAAACAUCAAGGAAAAAUAUGAAAAAGUUAUAUUAAACCUCGGAUGUAAUAAUGACACACCCAAAACUCUACCGUCCUUUCAAACCAAUAAUACAACAGUUCUUACAUUAAUUCCAGUUUCCUUAACCAUAGUAAUAUUCAUUUUCGUAUGUGUUUUAUAUAAGGUUAGUAAAUGUAUUAUAUAUAUAAAUUUCACGCCAUAUGGUUCAUGCUUUCUAUGUUCAAGAGUAAGAAAAAAAAAUAAUUGCAAUAAUAUAGAUCAUUAUAUAAAUACACUACAAUUAUAUGAAAUAUCCAAUGGUAAUUUUCAUAACAAAGAAUGUCACAUAUUAUACAAUUCUUCAUAG